AUGCCUGGUCGCACGGCACAGAAACGGCUUUCAGCGAGUAAAACCGAGCCAUCAGCUGCAGAAACUAGCCCCAAAAAGAUGAAAGAGACAAAGGUGUUCAAGCGCAAGGCCUCCGACCUCGUUGAGGCUUUGCGCGAGGAGUUUGGGGAGUUUGAGGUCGAGUAUAAUCCCUCAGCCCCCAGAAAGGGCAGCUUUGAGGUGGUUGUGCAGCAGUCAGGAAAAGAUGAUGUGACAAUCUGGACUGGCUUGAAGAAGGGCCCUCCAAGGAAGCUGAAAUUCCCAGAGGUUGAGGAAGUUGUCAAGGAGAUGAAACAAGCUGGCUUGUAACUUGUCUGAAGUAAUGGAGGUUGUGCUGAUGGUCGACAUUUCUGCAGGAACCAGGACCAUGAAGCAGGCAGUUCAAGGGAGGAUAACUCCAGGCUGUCCACUGAUAUAUAAAACUGGACUGUAGCUUACAUCUUGACCACCAGAACAACACAUUUCUAUAAGAUGAU